AUGCAUCUUGCCCCCUCCUGGGGAGGUAGCGCGAGAAGCAGCAUCGGCUCGGUCCAUCCCGUCCGCAGGGGUCUCUUUCUCAGCUCUCCUGUCACUGGUGUCUACAAGAGAGGCCCUAGGAGUGUCUUCUUCCAGCCGCGAUCCCCUUCGCUGGGUUUUUUCUUUCUUCCCGUCGAAGGAGUCAUGAAGGAACAAUUGACUUCUGGCUACGGCUCCGCUGUGUACGUGCCACCUAUGAUGGCUCCACGGCUUCGCUCCGUCAUCGCCUCUGCCAGUGGCUCCUUAUCGUCCUCCACCACUGCCUCCCAUUCUCUUGAUUACGACUGGCGAGGGAACCAGGGCCCGGCGCUGAAUCCUGCAGGUGGUGAGAACGCGUACGGGUAUUUCCGGCAGCCGUCAUCGAGCUAUGCUAGAUUUGCCUAUGACGACUACUCGGAAGAUGAUUCUGAUAGGGACAUGGAUACGUCAUCGACGUCCUCCAAUAAAGUGAGUGCUUACUUAGCAUUUACCGUCUCUUAUUCUCGAUGAAAUUUCCCAAGCCGUAGAAACAAAUACUGCUCCUUUAUCUUUCAGUUAGUAUUAUUAGUUUUUGUUCAGAUGGGAUUUUGAGCUCGACUGUUCCCCAAGCCGAGGUGGAGAGAGCUAAAACUUGUGAUCAGAUAAAUGAAACAGUUAAUAUGGAGAUGUCUGGGGAAGGCUUGAACUAUAUUUUGAACUUUUGGUAUGUAUGUCUGUGGUUGCAUGUGAUUCUAGCAUCAGAUGAUGGAUGUGCUUUUUAGAAUUGUAUCUACAACAUAUUGUUGCCAUGCUUUGGUUGUGUCCACUUUUUUUGUGAUAGUAUGUCUAUGAGGAUUGUCUUUGAUGAUGGAUACCAGUGAUUCGUAAAGCCUGCUAAGCUUGACAAGGAAAAUUAUAUUUUAACAAAAGAUAAAAAAAUGACCAAAUAGUUGCUAUUAGCUACCUUUUGUAAGAAAACGAGUGAUCCUCAAAAUUACAUGGCAAUGUCCCUUAACAAUGUGGACCACAGUUGCUGUGGGAUUCGUUUCCAGUUUCAUGCGAACAGAAAAAUGCGGGUCAAGCAAUAACGAAAUUUCUUGGUUCUCAUACGCUCCUCGUAUGCAUUUUGCUCAGAUUCUAGUAUUUCGUUUGAUUCCGUUUAACUCUAAGCAUUAACUGAUUUGAAACCCCAUGUGAGUUCUGGCUGAUUUAAGCGGAUAUGAUAGCAGCCGCUUUCAGUUCCCUCAAUAUUUUCUUUUGAGGUAAAAGUGUGCAUUAGACAAUACUUUUCCGCUUUUUUACUGUUAUAAAUCAACGCAUAAUAUUCAUUUUGGGCAUCCAAGCCUUUCUCCACCAGUUUAGCCUAGCUCUCUUGACCUAGUAAGAGACCAGGCACAAGUACGUUAUAGUUUCCUCUAAAAAGCACAGUCAAGUCUUCUGUGACUCUUAAUUUAUAGGUAACUUGGAAAUUCUAAGGGAUUCAGUGAUGAACAUUUUUCGGGAAAUUAUUGUUUAUGAUCUGGUAUUCUUGCAGGUGCCCUUGAAUGAACAUGCAGGAAGAAACCUAAAACUUUUAAAAAAAUAAAAUUCUCUUAAACUUUCUCUGCUAGGUCUACAGUUCUGUCAAUGCUGUUCCAAGUAACUUCUACGAUUUUACACCCUGCAGGGACGUGAUCAAUAUUUGUUCUUUAUAUGUGGGCACUGUGAAUGGGUUUGACGUUUCUUCAGAAACGAACUUAUUCGAUUGUUCUACAUGUCUUUGUUCAAAUUUCCAUAGACAAAUUAAAUUUAUUUCAGUCUGAUAUCCAAACAAAGUUAAUACCUAUCCAUAUUCUACUGAUUUUUAGUGGAAUUUUUUCGUACUGAGUUUCUACAUACAUUUCAUUUCAGGGCUCUACACUUGAUAAUGUUGAUGAGUGGAAAUGGAAGUUAAGCAUGCUUCUGCGUAAUGUGGAUGAACAAGAGGUGGUGUCUAGGGAGAGAAAAGACAGACGGGAUUAUGAGCAGCUUGCUGCAUUGGCCUCUAGAAUGGGUUUAUUUAGGUAUGAUUUCACUGUGCGGUCAUGGAAUUGGCAUCUUCCAUCUUUCAGUGCAGACCUUAUUGUUGAAUGUUGACAUUUUGCAGUCGUCAGUAUGCUAAAGUGAUAGUUUUCAGCAAGGUUCCUUUACCAAACUACAGAUCUGAUCUGGAUGAUAAACGACCACAACGGGAGGUAGCUUAUCAUGAAAUUUGAUUGAUCCCUGCACUCCAUUGAGAUAGAUUCUUUGAUUCGCCAUGCUAUAAUUUAUAAUCGCGAAAUAAAUCUAUAGCCAUCCCUUUAGGUUUUAUUGGAAAAGUUAUAAUAAAGUCGAGGACUUUUUAAAGUAGUACAUAGGGAAUUUAUUAAUGACUCCUCAAAAGAGCAUGAGUAGAAAUUCUUUUUCAUACAAUUUCUAUUGACCUGCUGUGAUAAAUUGUGCAUUUGUUUCUAUUUUUAAAUUGAAGUGAUAUCUAUUGUUUCCGCAAUAGAUAUCUAUUGAAGGAGCAACGAUGGGUUAACUUGUGAACUAGCUAAUUGAAUCGUUUUUGUCUUAUUUAAAAUGACUCUCCAUCUUUCUAAGGUCUCACCAUUAAACACCAUGUGAUGCGGAUUUGGUUAUGGAGUGAAUUGUUAAAUACAUUCUAAUAAAAAAUAAUAAUUGGUUAAUACAGUGAAUAAUGCUAUAGCGUUUGAUUUAUUUUUCUGGUUGAUGCCCUAUUUGAAUUUUUUAGCAUUGAUUUAGUCUAUUGGUUCGUUUGCACCGCAGGUGUCUCUUCCUUUUGGCUUGCACAGAGAGGUUGAUGCUUUGCUUGGGGAGUAUCUUGCUCAGAAGCGAACAAAUCGAGAUAACUUUCCUAGUGCUGCCUUCUUCAGGUCGAGCAGUACUGACAGUUUUACUACUGAGGACGGAUCAUUUGAGCAACAAGAAUCUCAGACAUCUACUAGUGCUGUCAUGGAGAGGAUCCUCAGGAGAAGAAGCUUGCAAUUGCGUGAUCAACAACAAGCUUGGCUGGUAGGUUCUACUUCCAUGAAUUUUCAAAUGUCGCUCCUUUCUUUUGUCCUCCCUCCCCCCUUACGUCCCAUUCUUUUUUUGUGUUGAACCUCUUUGUCUCUGCUUUUGUUUUUUUUAAUUAGUGAGCCUUUUUUUUUUAAAAAUUUAUUCCCCAUAAUUUUACAAUUUUAUCCUCUGCACAAUACAUUUCUUUUGAGUUUUUCGUUUGAUUCUCUUUAUGGAAUGCGGAUGGAAAUUUUAUGCAAUUUUUUAGUUUAGGGAAGGGUAUACUACCAACUUAGCUGUGGAAAAAAGUGUUGAGCUUGUAGGCUAAUUGAAGUCAGGGAUUUGAUUGCAUUCAAAUAAGUGAAGUUUGACUACUUGCAUAGCAGUGACAUUUGAUUUGCACAUACUUUGGAACGAUUCAUGAAUGAAACUCUCUGGUUUUAUCUCGAAGUGUCUUUUAACCUUUCAUUGUUUGGGUGCUUUCUAAUCCAAUUAUCUCAUAUGUGCUGUGAUGUUCUUCUUUUAUAGGAGUCACCUGAAGGUCAGAGAAUGUUAGAAUUUCGCAGAAGCCUUCCAUCUUUCAAAACAAGAGAUGCACUGUUGUCUGCCAUUUCACAGAAUCAGGUUUCUUCUCAUAAAGGAUGUUCUAAUAUUUCUAUCAUGACAUUAUAGCAUCUAUUGACAUUUAAAGUGUAACAGUAUUUUUGUCGACAUAAUUUUUAACUGAGACUAACGAAUAAGCAAGAUAAUAGUUGGCAUGUUGUACGUAGAAGCCCUUAAUUUGGCAACGUCCUGCUAGGAUUUAUCUAUAGUAGUUUACUCCACUCAUCGUAGCCUUUUACUUUUGAUGCUGUUAUUUAUCCUGUAUUGUUCGAAUGUUUUCUAUGGAGAAGAGGUUCUUUCCCAGGAGAACGAGAAUUAUUGCUGAAGGCUACUUUCAUAUUAAGGACCACCCAAUGGAAUGCUUUUGUGAUCAAUGAUUCCAACUUCCUAGUGUGCAGACGGAGUAUACUAUUUCUCCUAAAGUUUUGAACAAGAAGCUAUAUUUAGUUUAGCAGACCUACAUUCUUUUUGAGGAGAUUUUGCUACCAUUGGAAAAUCUAAAUGUGGGAAAAUCCUAUUGGAUCAUAUCGUGUCAGGCAAUUCAUGACUCUGUGAUGCAUCUUGUCUUCACUUCCAUGUACCUCAAAGCCCAGUUAGAUUUUCUUUCCUGAAAUGAGCAUCUCCAGAUAUUUUUUGUUCAUAAAGGGAACCAAAAAAGUAGGAUACUGGGUUCAUCAAAGAGAAGGAUUUUUUGGCUUAGUGGAUCUUAUAUAGGCGCUGAUUGAUGAAUUUCUGUUUAUUAAGAGUUUCUGCGACAUGUUUGAUUAAGAAAUUGCUGAUAAUGAUCAUUGGAAAUCAAUUCAGGCGAUCAAUUCUCAUUCUAUCAUCCUGCAAUGCAGAAAAUGAAUUGCAGAGUUUCCUGAAUCAAUGAUGCCUAUUUUUUCAACCCUGUAACUGCGGUACCAUGUUUUCAGAAGUAGAACAUUAGGUCACUUAUCGGGACCUUACAGUAAAUUAUGGGCAUUUGCUUCUCCUAUUGCAUUAGUUGUAAGAGGGGGGCUUUGCUCUUUUUUGCUUGAGGAGAAAUGGUUGAUUACACUGAUGGAUCAGUGCAUCUGUCUUCUUCAUUCAUGUAUUGUACGUACUGGGAAUAAUUUCCAUAUGUAAGGUAGUGAUUCUUUCUCUUUAUCUGCAGGUUGUAGUAAUUUCAGGUGAAACGGGCUGUGGUAAAACUACUCAACUUCCACAAUACAUUUUAGAGUCUGAGAUAGAUGCUGCUCGCGGUGCCGCAUGCAGUAUCAUUUGUACACAGCCUAGAAGGAUAUCAGCUAUGUCUGUAUCUGAAAGAGUUGCUGCGGAAAGGGGUGAAAAGCUGGGUGAAUCUGUAUGUUUAACCUUUCUACGCAUUACUGAAGGUUUUGGAUGUGUAUAUGAUGCUUUUAUGUGCUUAAUUUAAAAUUUAUUUCGUUCUGAUAGGUUGGUUAUAAAGUUCGCCUGGAAGGGAUAAAAGGUAGGGAUACCCGACUUCUGUUUUGUACAACAGGAAUUUUACUCCGAAGACUAUUAGUAGACAGAAAUUUGAAAGGUGUAACGCACGUUAUUGUGGAUGAAAUUCAUGAGCGAGGCAUGAAUGAAGGUAAAAAUAGUUCAACUAGUUGACCAUAUUCUUUUGCGGAUGAGAUUUUUGUGUGCGUAGUGAAGUCUGAAUUUAUUUCUUGAUUUUUUUGGUCAGAUUUCCUGCUAAUUGUUUUGAAAGACCUUCUUCCUCGUCGACCAGAGCUAAGGCUUAUUUUGAUGAGUGCAACUCUGAACGCCGAACUAUUCUCUUCAUAUUUUGGGAGAGCACCUGUUAUACACAUUCCUGUGAGUUGUCUUCGUUAGCUCUUAAUGCAUUAUGGUGCCUUUUACAAAUCAUUGUCCUGGCGACUCUGCCCGACACACACGAUUCAAUAUUUUUUCUAGAAAGUUUUGGCAUUGCAAUAAUUUCUAGCUAAGGCAUAAUCUGUUUAGAUGUAUUAACUUAAAUGCACUUCUAUUUCAUUUUGUUACAUUUUUCAUAACAGUUGGUUUUGUGCUAAAAGGUUCGUUCUCUCUGGCUCAUUAAAGAUCAUUUUAAAUAUUUUUCAAUUGCUACUCUAAAUUGGUUGUACACGAGAUAUCCUAGAGAAAAAGUGCGCCCUCCCUUUGGUCCAUCAUCAUUAUUUUAUCUUUUUGUUUCAAGACAUGGCAUGUUGCUUGAUAGGUUUGAUAUUCUUUCCAGUUUCCAUUAUUUGUUUUUUGACGUUGCAUCUGCCAAGUAAUUAUGUCUUCCAUCAUUGAGUUUCUUUGACUUUUGCUUAUACAAGCGUCCUUGUUUACUUUCAUCUCAAGCCAUUGUUCCAGUUAUGAUCUCUUUGUGAAUUUCUCUUUUAUGUUGAUACUUUUGCUUCGAGAUGAAGAUGGAAAGAAUGCAGUUUAUUUGUUCUCCAGAGCUUUCUUUAAUAGAACUAUAGUGUUGCAUUUGUGUUUAUAUUUUAGGAGUUGAUGUUUGUCGUCCUUUCACAAUUUAUAUUAAGCAAGAUUGUUGUUUUGGCAUCAUCAAUUUCUUCAGCAAACUUUCAUGGAGGGAUUUAAUUGUCUUCAGCUUACAAUUUAAUUUUAUUGUACGGGAUUACUGUAUUGGAUGAAGCUCUCACUCUCUGGGUUAUGGGAUCAUUUGUAGGGCUUCACUUACCCAGUUAGAACUCGAUUCCUUGAGGAUGUUCUUGAAAUGACUGGAUACAGAUUGACAUCAUAUAAUCAGAUUGAUGACUAUGGACACGAGAAGUCGUGGAAAAUGCAGAAACAAGCUCUCAGGAAAAGGAAGAGUCAAAUUGCUUCUUCUGUGGAGGUAUCAAGAACCUAAUCCUGGCAAAAGAAAGAGUAGAUUGAAAUUCCAUGGUCACCGUUUCUUUCUCCAUUGUACAGGAUGCUUUAGAAGGUGCGGAUUUUAGGGGGUAUAGCUUGAGGACUCGCGAGUCAUUAUCAUGUUGGAACCCAGACACCAUUGGCUUUAACCUUAUUGAAGAUGUUCUAUGCUAUAUUUGUCAGAAAGAAAGGCCUGGAGCUGUUUUGGUCUUUAUGACUGGGUGGGAUGACAUAAAUGCUCUAAAGGAUCAGCUACAAGCUCACCCUCUGCUGGGAGAUCCUAACAGGGUUUUAUUACUUGCAUGUCAUGGAUCAAUGGCAAGCUCAGAGCAGGUACUUGACUUGUACUCCGACCUGUAAACUCAUAUGAGCUUUUAGUAGUUUUGCUACAUGUUGUAAUUCGACAAUUUUGAAGUAUACUGGCGCGAUACUGAAGUACACUAUGGUCGAGUAUAUACUUAUAUCUGAUGUUAUUUGAGCUCUCCUGUUGUACUCCGUGAAUGAAAUAUUCAUCAUUUGAUCGUAAUAUUAUGUGAAAUUGGAUUUUCUUACAUCCACAUGACUUUUUAAAGGUAAUUUUUUUCUGGAUUUUUUUUUCUAGUGUAAAUUCAAUAAAACAGCUUUUAGUUCCCGCUGGUAAAGCUGAUUCUCAGGGUUUUAGACUCUGAGAAGGAAGCUUGGGUAGGAUGAUGAGGAGAGGGAAGAGAAAAAAAGAGAGUAAGAAAGAGUGCUAUUGAUUCAUUGUAUUUAUAUGUAUUUAAAAUUUACUUAAUGGAUUGAAAGUGGUUUAAUAGUGCUCAUAAUUUUGUUUGUCUCUUGCAGAGAUUAAUAUUUGACAGGCCACAAGAUGGGGUGAGGAAAAUAGUUCUUGCAACAAAUAUGGCUGAGACGAGCAUCACAAUCAACGAUGUGGUUUUUGUGGUUGACUGCGGGAAGGCAAAAGAAACAUCAUAUGAUGCAUUGAAUAACACACCUUGUUUACUUCCUACAUGGAUCUCCAAAGCUUCUGCUCGACAGGUAAGGAUUUAUUCCAUAUAUUUGAGUGAUUUUACCCCCAACCUCCUGAUAAAGAAGAAUGACAAGUGCAUACAUUGAAUUUGAUCUAUGUGCCAUGUGGUGAAAAUUUUCGUGUGCCAACCACGAAGAAGAGUUCUAGAUCCAGACUAAAUGAAGGAAAUGGCAAUGUCGUUUAGUACUAUUACUAAUUUCUGAUGUUCAGAGCUGUAACGUUAUCUUCAGUCAACAAAUUACUUAGCUCAUCUCAUAGGUCACUAGAUCCAUUUAUGAGCUUCUACAGCCAAGAAAGUUAGAUGGAGUCUCUUUUAUAUAUCACAGAUCAUAUUUCAACUGAUUCUCAAGGCAUGCAACUGGUGCGCUGAUAUUUAAUUGAACUCCUUGUAACUUCUUGUGAUUUUAAGUUAGUUAAUCGUGACAAGAUUAGAGUGACGAGAGUUCACGCCUUGAAUGUAUCACCAAUAUCUUUAGAACUAGGAAAGCUGCUGUGACCUGUAUUUCUUGCCAUACAUGCUUGAAGUUUUAAAAGUUAUUUUUGCUUGUCAUAUAUCUGACAAAAGCUUUUGAGUGAAGGAAGUGUGAAUGGAGAGUACAUCACCAGCCACUAGAUUUAGUUAGAAACCUGCUUUAUGAAGUACUCCAGCAAAGACCAGUGUUACUUGCAAGGCUACCUUUCUAGAUGAUCUCUCUUUGGUGAAUGAUCCCCUUUGGGAUUAUUUGAAUAUCAUAGUAUUUUAUUGAUCAGACGAAUUGUUUGUGUGUGUAUGCAUGCGCUCGCGCACGAUCUUGUGGAUAUUCGUGCAUACAGAGACAAUGAAAUAUUAUUUUAGCCGAUGUUUUUAAUUAUCAAACGGCUUUUUUGUGUCAAUACGGUAUUUCCACCGUCGUCCAUUCUUAUGAACUUCAGAAAAUAGUUUAGGGGCUUUAAUGGACUUGGUCAAUUUGGAAUUGGUUCAUAAUGGGUGACUCUACUGCCUUUUCUUAAAAUAUUAUUAUAUUUUUUUUCUAGGACAGUUUAUGCCAUGCAAUGAACCUUAAAAGUCAAAACUGUUUUUAACAUUGGAAAAAAUGUGAACUAAACUUUUUGACAUUUCUUCGAAUACUAGUGAUUACAGUUCUCGUGUACGUUAUCUCUAUCACCUUGGAUUCCCCAUCUUACGAAUUUAAUACUUUUGAUUUAAUUAUUCAUAUAACUAUCACAAUUUUUUAAAAAUGGCUCUUUUGUUUGCUUUUGGGCGUAUUAUCUAUCAGAGGAUACUGUAGUUUAUUCUCUCACCCGUGCUCCUUUCUGCAGAGAAGAGGAAGAGCUGGUCGUGUUCAGCCUGGAGAAUGUUACCAUCUCUAUCCGAGAUGUGUGUAUGAUUGUUUCUCAGAGUACCAGUUGCCUGAGCUUUUGCGGACACCUUUGCAAUCUCUUUGUUUGCAGAUCAAAAGCCUACGUCUUGGAAGCAUAUCUGAAUUUUUAUCUAGGGCUCUACAAUCUCCAGAAUCAUUGUCGGUGUGUCUGGAUUCUUUAGUACUUGUUACCAUAUCAUGAUUCCUUGCUGUCUUGUAAUAGUCUGUGUUCGUCUUGUAUCUGUCCUAUUUGUCACCUCGAUUUCUUUCCUCUUGUAGGCUGCUCCUAGAUUUGGUCGGUGUUUUCUUGACAACUGAGAUUUUUUUUCUUUUUUGGCAUUCCCUUUGUGCAGGUUCAGAAUGCAGUGGAAUACUUGAAAAUUAUUGGUGCUUUGGAUGAGAAAGAAGAAUUGUCUGUUCUAGGUAUCAGGAUCUUCUAUGAAAUGCGUUUAAAACCUUGCAUCAUUUAUCUUCUCAUUUUGUUGAUCUCUAUUGGCAGGACGUCUAUUGUCUAUGCUUCCAGUGGAGCCGAAACUUGGAAAGAUGCUUAUUUUGGGUGCCAUAUUCAAUUGUCUGGAUCCCAUACUGACUAUUGUUGCUGGCCUCAGUGUUAGAGAUCCCUUUUUAAUGCCAUUUGACAAAAAAGAUGUAAGAUAUGAAAACUGACUUUCAUCUAUGCCUUGCAAAAAAGAUUUGAUUUUGCUGAGCAUCUGAUUAUGUCUAUUCUGGAGCCUGAAUUUCGUGCCAUUCUGUACUUGCAUGAGACUUUUAUCUGGUCCAUCUGGAGUUCCUUGAAUAUUUUGACAUAGUAAUCUUAAUCCCAUGUGCUCUUGAUAUUCUCAGCUUGUUGGUUACUAACUCCAAAUUGUCUUUCAAAAGGCACCUAUCGUUAGCUGUGGCUUACCUGAUCUACAGUUUGCUGUUGGUUUCAUUGCGAUUGAUUUCUGCUCAUAGAAAAUUCGAAUUUUCUGAAUUUGGUUCCACAAUACAUUUUUUUUUAUGAUAGUGGGAUUUGGGCACAUUAUUUCAUUACAGCGGCUCACAAGUGGCUCUUAGAAAGAGCAAAACAUUUUCAUUCAUUAAUCUCUAUUUUUGCAAUGACAUUGAGAUCUUUAUCUCCUUUUGCCUUCAUUAAUACUUCAAAAUCACAAAAGGAUGCAUUUUAGGGAGGGUACCAAUGAGAGUAUUACCUUUAGAUUUUGUUGAAUUUCAUGACGAGUCGUCACCCCCCGUCACGAAUCCUGUUGAGGCUUACUUUUUCAUUUUAAAACAUACAACUCAAAGAGGCCGGUUUCAGACUAUUUUGCAUUUAAUUCGGCCAAAACGAAAUCGAUCAUCUUCUGUUUCUCUGGUGGGCUCGAUUCAAGAUGGAUUUGUCAAUCCAAAUAGGAAUCUGGCUCGGCCUUGGUUAGCCUCUGACCAGGGACCGGAAUUGCCUAACUUGGCCCAGUUUGUGUCAGAGUUCAUUGUGUAUAGCCUGUUUUAAGUAUAUAGCAUGUACACAAAGAAGUUAGGGAAGAUAAAAGAUUGGGAGGUUCUCCAUGACAAUGCUUGCAAACUGCUUCAAUGAUUCAAAAGCAUGGCCAAGGUGCAGUGAAAUUAGUAGACUGUUUGAGACCAUGAUCGAAACAUUAUCCGUCCAUCAUGCAUCCUAACUGGUUGUUACAGUUUCUAGUCAUAUCACGAGCUUCAAGUUUUUCUAUUUAUGCCUCAGAAGGUGGUUACUUUAACGAUAUUAACCACAAUGAAAUAUUUCCGUCUUUUUCUGCAUGUCAACGCCAUGUCAUUUCUGCAUCUUUGCAUUGACUUGUUAUUUUAGUUCUUAAGAUGCCCUGCACAUUGAUCUUAUGUGAAUUAAUGUUCUUCUGAUGCAGCUCGCAGAAUCAGCAAAGUCUCAGUUCUCCUGCAGAGACUAUAGUGACCACCUUGCGCUGGUCCGAGCCUAUGAAGGUUGGAGGGAAGCAGAAAGAGAGCAAUCCGGAUAUGAAUAUUGCUGGAGGAAUUUUCUUUCGGCUCAAACACUUCGGGCCAUUGACUCUCUUCGGAAGCAGUUCAUGUCUCUGCUGAAGGACGCUGGUUUGUUUGAUGACAGUUCCGGCUGCUGCAACAGGUGGUCUCAAGAUGAAAACCUUGUUCGCGCUGUCCUUUGUGCCGGCCUGUAUCCCGGAAUUUGCUCGGUUGUGGUGAGUCUCUACCUCUUUUUUCUUCCUUUACCUUCUGUGAUUGUUUAUUGCCCUUCUUCAUCGGACUAAGUACGAAUUCUUCUUCAACUCUCAAGAACAAGGAGAAGUCCAUAUCCUUGAAGACAAUGGAGGACGGCCAAGUCAUGCUUUACUCGGUGAGCAAUCUGCUGUACCAUGAACAUUGAAAUGAAAAUGGCAGAUGGAAAUCUUCUAAAUGUGUCUGUGCUUUUUUCUCUCUCCUCGGAUAGAACUCUGUAAAUGCUCGGGAGGCAAGGAUUCCUUUCCCGUGGUUGGUUUUCAAUGAGAAGGUGAAAGUCAACUCUGUGUUCCUUCGGGACUCCACUGCAGUGUCUGACUCCGUUGUUCUCCUGUUUGGGGGAAAUAUUUCUCGAGGCGGACUUGUAAGUUGUUCUCAUGUUUUUUAUUUGCAGGAGAAGCCUCGACCUUUUCUAUUCCUUUCUUUUUCUGGUAUCUUCUCUAGUUACUGGAACGCGUUGACUUUCUCUGACAGGACGGGCACUUGAAGAUGCUUGGGGGGUACUUGGAGUUUUUCAUGAAACCUGAACUAGCCGAAACAUUCCUAAAGUUGAAACGAGAGCUUGAUGAGAUCAUUCAGAACAAGGUAACUGGAUGUCUAAUAUGAUCCAAUAUUCGAUUUCUACUAUUCUCUUGAAUAUUUCUGGAAUUUUUUUUUCCCAACCGUGUUCCAACCAGCUUCAUUACACCUUUCCCAGUUUAUCAUGGUUGACUUUAGUUAUCUACCUGACAGCUUUUGAAUCCCAAGAUGGACAUUAUUGCCAGCGAAGGACUGUUGUCAGCUGUCCGGAUGCUGGUCACAGAAGACCCAUGCAGCGGCAGGUUUGUUUUCGGUCGUCAGGAGCUGAAACCCAUGAAGUCAAGGUCAAUCCCGCCGAUGAACUCAGGUGGCGGCGGUGACAAUCCGAAGAGCCAGCUGCAAACACUGGUGACCAGAGCCGGCCAUGACGCCCCCACUUACAGCACAAAACCUGCAAAGAACAGCCAGUUCAGGGCGACGGUUGAGUUCAACGGGAUGCAAUUCAUUGGGCAGCCAUGCAGCAACAAGAAGCUUGCGGAGAAGGAUGCUGCAGCAGAGGCACUGGAAUGGCUCAUGGGUGGGGCCCCUGCCGGCUACCGAGAUGUUGACCAUGUGUCAAUGCUACUUAAAAAGAACAAGAGAAAACACCACAGAAGGAUCUGA